GAUCGUGAAAAAUGUCAAAGUUGAAGGACGACUUCUGGCAGUUUUACUUUCAUCCUCAGCAGAAGAAUAGAAACCAGAGAGAGAGAGCAGCUGAAAAUGGGACUGGGCAGCGGGCAACAAUCGCCGUCGUUCAUGGCGGACUUCCUCCAUCAGGCCGGCGGGUACGCGGUGAUCGACGGCGGACUGGCGACGGAGCUCGAGCGCCACGGUGCUGACCUCAACGAUCCACUCUGGAGCGCCAAAUGCCUCCUCACCUCUCCCCACCUCAUUCGAUCCGUGCACCUUGAUUACCUUGAAGCUGGUGCGGACAUAAUAAUUACAGCAUCUUAUCAGGCCACUAUUCAAGGUUUUGAGGUGAAAGGCUUUUCCAAAGAAGAAAGUGAAACCAUGCUGAGAAAAAGUGUGGAAAUUGCUUGCGACGCGAGGGAUCUAUAUAAACAAAAUUGUUCAGGAUCUUCCUGUAACAGCAAUAGGGAGUCUAAAAUUCUCAAAGAUCGGCCCAUACUAGUUGCAGCAUCUGUGGGCAGCUACGGUGCUUAUUUGGCAGAUGGAUCUGAGUACAGUGGUAUUUAUGGGGAUAGAAUCACUCUAGAAGCUUUGAAAAAUUUCCACCGAAGAAGGGUACAGGUACUGGCAGAAUCACAUCCUGACAUAAUUGCAUUUGAGACAAUUCCAAACAAGCUAGAAGCCCAGGCUUAUGCAGAGAUCAUGGAGGAAGAAAACAUAAAUGUUCCUGCUUGGUUUUGUUUCAACUCCAAAGAUGGAGUCAAUGUGGUCAGUGGUGAUUCAGUUCUUGAAUGUGCUUCAAUAGCUGAAUCAUGCAAGAAAGUAGUUGCGGUAGGAAUAAACUGCACGCCCCCUAGGUUUAUCCAUGGCUUGAUCUUAUCUAUUAAAGAGGUCUCAGCGAAGCCAAUAGUUAUAUAUCCUAACAGCGGUGAGAGUUACGAUGCUGACAGGAAGGAGUGGGUGCAAAACACGGGUGUUUCAGACGAAGAUUUUGUUUCAUAUGUGAAUAAAUGGUGUGAAGUAGGAGCUUCCCUUGUCGGAGGAUGUUGCAGGACUACUCCCAACACAAUAAGAGCCAUAUGCCAAACUCUCUCCCCUCGAGCUGGUUCUUUCCCGAGUUAAUACCGACUUCAUAGAACAAAUCCCUGGAACGACGAGGGCUCGCGUGGAUUUCUCUCCACAGGGUGUAGAUGUGACUAGCUCUUUGGCUAAAACUCAAGUGGCCUCUUCGCGAGUUCCUGAGGUUACAUGGCUUUCAUAGGUUGGGAGGCACAAUAUCUUGUCUCGAGCGUAAUUAUGCCCAAAAGAUUGAACAUAGAAAACAAGGUUUUGCCUCUCCAGGAGAGCCGAAAGUCCUCUCGCCCUAUAAUGCUUUCAGUCGUAUUCCUUGAUAUAAGGUAUUGGUUUGUGAUCGAGCCACGCCUAUGGCAUAUGUAGGACGCAUACUCGUGUGCCACUUUCUGGAUCCAUUUGACAUUUUGUUUGUGAUAGCAUAUGUUUUACGUUUUCUCCACCCACUUCCCUAUAAGACUUUAAAUUAUCUCGAGGCUAAAUCUUACAGAUAUUAGUUCAAGCAUUGUAUGUAUAAUUAUGGAAUAAAAGUUGGUGUUAUUCCUCAA